AUGGCCCCGCACAAGGAGGACUCGGAGGAGACCCCGCCAGCUGAGACUUCGCAGCAGCCGGGAGAUCGCCUUCAGAAGGAACAGCAGAAGGAACUUGCCACUUUAGAUCAACAAGAUGUUCCCGACUCUGAAAUGGACGAAAAGAGACAAGCCGCAUUGAUGACGUCCCUGGAACAAGGAGAGAUAAAAGCAGCAAUAGGUGCACGGAAAUGCGCGGUCUCUGCUGCAGCGGUCCAGAAGCUGCAGGAUCUUCUGCUGCUUCCUGCUGCCGAGGCCGAAGCUGCUCUGCAACAAGCCCAGGGAGAUCACCUGAAGGCCACGCAGCUGCUGCUAGAGCAGGAGCUCUGA